CGGAGGCACUAUAAUGGACGAGUAUCAGACAGACGAGGAGACUGCGUUUGUCGUUGAAGAAGUGACCAAAAUCAUUAAAGAGUCGGUGGAAGCAGCCAUCGGAGGAAGUGCCUACCAGCACAGCAGAGUGAACCAGUGGAGCACCAGUGUAGUGGAGCAGAGCCUCAGUCAACUCAGCAAACUCGGGAAGCCUUUCAAAUACAUAGUGACCUGCAUCAUCAUGCAAAAGAAUGGAGCAGGUCUGCAAACAUCUUGCACAUGCUUCUGGGACAAUUCUACUGAUGGUAAAAUACAUAAGUGUUCUCUUCUGUCAGCUUUUGGGUGGUCAGCUCUCAGAGACUGGUGGCACGUUGUCACAUACUAUAAAUGUGAAAAUGUUGAGAUAAUACUGAAUGUAUUUUGUAUUUACGCCCAACAGGAAGCUGCACGGUGAGAUGGGAGAACAAGUCCAUGUACUGUAUCGUCAGUGUUUUUGGGCUGGCCAUCUGAACCAACUACAAUGCAACUGAAGUGUUUGAAAUCUGUAGAAAGUUGUGUAUUCGCGUUGGCUAUAUUUGAAUAAACUGUUAUAUUUUUGUAAGUGCCAACUGAUUAAAACAAUACCGUGCUGUAUACACUUUGCUUUAUUUACAUGUGACGUGACAGUGUGCUACAUAUACAGCUUUUAUCGUAUGAAGCAACAAAAAACGUAGGAAUUUUGCAUCAUACAAGGACCCACAACAACCUCAUUUAACCACUUUAAACUACAUUCACACUGAAAGAAUCAAAAAUGCACAUUUAUGUCAAAGCAUUUAUACAUCGACAAAGGACACGUAAAGACAAGGCACCAUCUUGAAUAUAAUACAUGUUCACAUGAAACAUUUGUUUUGGCUGUUUUUGUCCAUAACCAGUUUUAUAAAAUAACAGAAAGGUCAGCACAUCUCACAUUGCAAGCAAUAUCGGGAAAGUUACAGCAGAAAAAAGGAUUGCUUAAAAUAAUGUGUUCAACAUAAGGCAAAAAAAAGAUUUGGCCAAUGGUCCGUCUACUGUAUGUGUGGGGAUAAGAAACAUUUAGUCAGUAGUCCUCUACAUUCAGUUGUGUAAAAUCCAAGCAGUUCAUCAAAAGCCAUUCAUCCAGAUGACACAGUAUCAAAUCACCUUUUAGAGAAAUAAGUUAAAAUCUUAAACUAGUGCAAUUACAAAGCUGUUUUCUGAGGGAAGAAGUGGUAAGAGAGAAGUGAGACCUACUCCUGUUAAGGCUCUCCCUGUAUUUCAAAAAAAAAAAAUAAAAAAUGAAUUUGUCAGCCAGCAUUCCUAUGGCCCUUUAAUUCACAUUCAUCACUCAUGCCAGUGAGCCCAAAAUGUUCGCUUACAGCUGCUGCGGCAGCAUAAGCUUCCUCUACUUUCUAUCACCGGUAUAAUGUACCUCAGCUUUGGCCCGAUACAUGCAUUCUCAUUAUUCUCAGACUGUCAGAGAA